AAAACGAAAGUGUUUCAAAAACUGAAUCAUAAGUGGGAGGGGCUUAUUUAAAUUCUGGGCAAACCUGUUAGUAUCCUGAACCACCCAUGACAACACAACACAGACAGCCAGAUGCCUAGAUCAAGCUUCAACAUAAACAGUGGAUGAAACUUUGAAAAAUUUAAAACAUGGACCAUAAAAAACACGGAGUGCAGCAUGGUGCAGAGAAGGCUGCUGAAUGGAAAGAUGAGAGUUUGAUAAAAGGAAAAGGGUUGGAUGACAAGAAGAGAUGGAAUGAUGCCGGGUUAUGUGACCUGGAUCUAAAAAUAAGGAUGGAGGUUGGAUUAAUUGGGAACAUGGAUGCAAAGAAGGAGAUACAAGAUGGAAAGAAACAACCUCAAUUUAAAACCGAUACAAAGGGACAAAGUAGAAUAAUAGAUGGUUCAAAGAUGCAGUCUUGUACCAAGAUACCUUGUGAAGAAACUACUAAGGAAGAGAGCGUAGGUCAGCUGAAUGUCAGUGACUACCUAGUACUUCUAAAAUCACUACGCAUCAGUUUACCCAAAGGUGUUCUGAACCCUAAAGUCAUCGAACUCUCACAUACUGCAGACAUGAUUCAGAAAGCCAAGGAUAUUGUGAAAGAUCUGGAAAACUUCGAACUCCAGUUUAACAGCGUUCCUCGUCUCGGCUGCCGGGAAGUUAAGAACUCACUGGCACUAAAAAACAAUGGGAAAGUUCUUGAAACGGCAAAAAUGAUUUUCUUUGAAAAAGUAAAAGAUUUAGAGAAAACCCUAGCAAAGUGGUGGGAGAACAAAUCAAACACGGCCUGCAGAUUUAGAUUCAGAGACAAAUACAAGACAGUUGCCAUCUCCACACCUGCUAUGUACGCCACAACAGAAACAAGGAGCUGGAAACAUUUGGAAGUUGGGGAAAAUCUUGCAAAUGUUUGUGAGGGUACUGCAGUAAGAGUGCGCGAUAUCGAGAACAGACAGUAUUGUGAUGAGUCAACUCUUGAGACAUACUCCCCUUGUCCUGAAAGAUUUGGCAAAUUCUUCCAGAACCCAGCAGAUGAACUUGAAUGCCUCAAAUUCUUACAUGAGUUGGGAGAAAUAGGCAACAACAAGAGAGUGAGCUAUACCAAAAAUAUUAAAGUGGAUUUUGGAUUUCUUAGUGGAAGACUGGACUUCUUAGCAGAGGUAACAGACUCAAGAGCUAAGGGCAAAGCAAAAGGCACAGAAAGUGAGAAAUUUGUGAUUGAAUGUAAAGGAACAACUGGGGAUAUGGUAGGAAAACUCUUCACCAAACCAGAAAAUGGUGGCCGUCGUGCGCUGCUGAUAAAAAAGCAUGAGUGCUACUAUCAGGUUCAGGCCUACAUGUACAUAUUAAAUAGGUCAGCAAAACAAACACAAACCUUCACCUCAGAUAGGGCUGUCAUGGUGAUCAGACACUAUCACAAGAAUGGAGAAAAACCCAGAGAUUUCUACUGGAAUUAUAUGGAGAAGAAUGCAGAAGUGCAGCAGCAGAUAGAUGAACUCUGUGCUUUCUGUCAAGAAGAUGUUCUGGCCUGUUUCCUGGCUGUUCUUAAUCUGAUAUUCCAGCUGGAAAAGUAACAUGAGAAUAAACCUAUAGGGUGGUUUCCCGGGAUUAGACUAGUCCCAGACUAAAAUAAAUGUAAGAGCUGUCUAAACCGAAAACAACUUGCAAUGACAUAUCUUAAAAUACAUCAGUGCCCUUUAUGUUGCCUCAAAAUGCACACAAGUGAAGGAUCCUACCUUAGAUCCUCACGUGCAGAAUGUUUUUAUUAUUGUGUUUUUUAGUUUAUUCCUAGUCAUUUAUUUACAUAAUCAUCACAAUCAUUUUAUAAUCAUUAGUUAUCCUUUGUUUAUUUCAUUAUUCAACAUUAUUUUUAUUAUUAUCAAUUUCCUUAUUAUCAUUUUUAUCAUUAUAUUUUCAUUUAUUCAUUCAUUCAUCAUUAUAUUUCUAUAUUUUAUUAUAUUAUUCAUUCAUUCAUUAUAUUUAUACUAUGUUUCAUGUCUUAUUGAUUUCAUUGUUGUUCAGUCUUAUAGUGGUCUCACAUUUGUGAAAUUUCAUGAGCUGUCCUGUCUCUCUGUAAACAGAGGUAGAUAAAGAGAAUGUUUAUGGAAGCUCAAGGUUUGUGGGAUGUUGCUAUUAAAGGUGCAGUGUGUAAAUUUUAGCAGCAUCUAGUCGUGAGGUUGCGAAUUGCAACCAACGGCUCAGUCCACUGCUCACCCCUUGGUUUUGAAACGAAUAGAGAAGCUAUGGUAGCCUCUACCGGAAAAACAUGUCAUCGUCGGAAACAACUUAGUAAAAAAUGUUUGUCCUUUAAGGGCUUCUGUAGAAACAUGGUGGCACAAAAUGGCGACUUCCACGUAAGGGGACCCUCAGUGUAUGUAGAUAAAAACAUCUCAUUCUCAGGUAAUAAAAACACAACAGUUCAUUAUAAAAAGUCUUUAUACACCCCUGAAAAUAUAGUUUUGUAUAUUAUUUUGCAUUUCUGUCAAGAGAUCCUUCUAAAUAUUACACACUGCACCUUUAAGCAUUUUGGUAUAACAGUGCGUGUUUAAUUCAUGCUUGGAGGACAUGGGUUAAACGAGGUUUGAACAUUGAGACAUAUGCAACUGAAGCUGUCCAUCAAUAAAACUUUGUUCUAUUUUA